CUCCGCGCGGAACUGUGGGCAAAUCACCUGUGGCUGCGCGGCCUCCGCGCCCGCCCCGCCCGGUGUGACCGGGAGCGGCGGGGGAGCGAGCGGCGGGGGCCCGUGGCUCCCAGCCCUGGCACUGCCCGCACGGCCGGACCCAGCCCUGGUGCUGUUCAGGCGGUUCAGCUUCCGGGUGAGCGUGCGCCGCCAUGGCCGCGGGGCAGGAGGCCGCGGUGCCCCCGGGCCCGCCGCGCUGGAGCCCCGGCCGUGCCCGGCGCCCGGUGCCCGCUUGAGCUCGCCGAGGAGCCGCUGAGGAGCCGCCGAGCCUCGCCAUGCGCCCUUGAACCCUGCUGCUGCCCACAAAGGCCAUGGAGAAGAGGUUGGAAGCCAAACCCAGCAUCAGCACCCGGUUCCUGUCCCGAUACUGCCUGGGAAAAGCUGUGAGGGAGCUGGGAAUUCUGCAGCUGUUCUACCUGUGCACUUGCCUGUGUGCCUCGUGCUCCUCUGCAGAUGCAAAUUGGAACGGAUCUAAAUGUGAGCUGGGGAAGAUCCUGCUUGGUGGCCGUUUGAGAUCGUGGGCAGGUCACCAUUUGCAGCUUCUGGAAGGGUUCCAUUCUCUGAGCUCCUGUCAGACCACUUGCUGCCAGCGCCCCACCUGUGAUGCCUUUUGGUUCUUGGAAAAUAUGUGCAUCCAGGUGAACUGCACCGUGCCUGGCACGUGUCAGGCCAACAAGACUGGCUUUUCAGAUUCUGUUUUGGUGUUCUUAAAGAAAUCGAAAAGCACAGAGCACUUGUUAAACUUCCAUGUGGAGGGUGAUAUGAAGACUUGGAGUCACAAGUGGUUGGACUGGGACAUCCCUGUCCAGAGGAAGAAAAGACUGCGGAGAUCAUUCCAGAAGUGGAGGUUGGCAGGUAACAGGGUGCAGCUGCUGAGAAGGGAUCUGGCAGAGAACUCCAGAGGCAGCAGAACAGAGGAAACAGAACACUUGAAGGAUCAGGUCCUGAGGCACUUAGUGGCAGACAGAGAUGCUCCUGAGAAAGAAAAUCAAAAGCAAGACUUGCUGAAAAAUGGACAGAAUUCAAGAGAACUGAACCCCAGAAGCCCACUCCCUCCUAAGAGCAAUAAUGUGAACAGGUCACAGGAUGCUGACGGUGGCUUGCCCCAGAUCCACACAGGAACAUCUGCACCAGAAUCAUCAGUGCUGGCUACGUUCUCCAGCCCUGUGGCACUGGACUUGACAGCUCCAGGGAAGACUGAGAAGCCUGGGCAGCCUGAUGAUGCCCACCCUCAGUUUCCCACAGCCAACCCUGUGCCAGUGAAAAGCACAGCAAAGGCACAGGCAGCAACUUCUGUGCCCAGUGGAGCCCCCACAAAUGGCAGUGUUCCUACAGCCCAGAGCAGCACUGCUGCAGCCCCAAGCACUGCUGCCACCACUCCAGCUAUGAAGGAGCUGGUGGUUUCUGCUGGAGACAGUGUUGAAGUGACCCUGCCAAAGAAUGAAGUUCAGCUGAAUGCAUUUGUGCUCCCUGAACCACCGCCUGGAACCACAUAUUCCUAUGAGUGGGAGUUGAUUACUCAUCCAAAAGACUACAGUGGAGUAAUGGCAGAGAAGCACUCCCAGACCCUGAAGUUGUCUAAGCUUACUGUUGGCCUGUACGAGUUCAAAGUCGUUGUGGAUGGGGAGAAUGCUCAUGGAGAGGGAUAUGUGAAUGUAACAGUGAAUCCAAAGCCCCGGGUGAAUCAGCCUCCUGUUGCCAUCGUGUCCCCACAGUUCCAGGAAAUCUCCCUGCCAACCAUUUCCACUCUUAUCGACGGCAGCAAAAGCACUGAUGAUGAUAAAAUUAUCAGCUACCACUGGGAAGAGCUGAAGGGUCCCCUGCGGGAGGAGAAGGUCUCCAGUGACACUCCCAUACUGACACUGACCAACCUGGUACCUGGGAAUUACACUUUCAGUCUAACAGUCGUGGACUCAGAUGGUGCCAGCAACUCCACCACUGCCAACCUGACUGUGAAGAAGGCAGUGGAUUAUCCUCCAGUGGCCAAUGCUGGCCCAAACCAGGUGAUCACCCUGCCCCAGAACUCCAUCACGCUCUACGGCAACCAGAGCACGGACGACCACAGCAUCGUCAGCUACGAGUGGCUGCUCAGCCCCAACAGCAAAGGGAAGGUGAUGGAGAUGCAGGGUGUGAGGACACCAGUCUUGCAGCUCUCUGCAAUGCAGGAAGGUGAUUACACCUACCAGCUCAUAGUGACUGAUUCUGCUGGGCACCAGUCCACUGCAGAGGUCACUGUGAUAGUCCAGCCAGAGAACAACAAGCCCCCAAAGGCAGAUGCUGGUCCAGAUAAAGAACUGACUCUUCCUGUGGACAGCACCACUCUAGAUGGCAGCAAGAGCUCAGAUGACCAGAAGAUAGUCUUCUAUCUUUGGGAAAAAACACGGGGUCCAGAUGGUGUGAAGCUGGAGAAUGCCAACAGCAGCAUUGCCACUGUCACAGGCCUCCAGGUUGGGACAUACGAGUUCACUCUGACAGUGAAAGAUGAGAGGAACCUGCAGAGCCAAAGCUCCGUCAACGUCAUCGUCAAGGAAGAGAUAAACAAGCCACCCGUUGCAAAGAUUGCUGGUAAUGUUGUCAUCACCUUGCCCACAAACACAGCAGAGCUGGAUGGAUCGAAGUCCUCUGAUGAUAAAGGGAUUGUCAGCUACCUGUGGACCCGGGAUGAGGGGAGCCCUGCAGCUGGGGAAGUCUUAAAUAAUUCAGACCAUCAUCCUGUCCUUCUGCUGUCCAAUCUGGUAGAAGGGACCUACACAUUUCACCUCAGAGUAACAGAUGCCAAAGGAGAGAGUGAUGUGGAAAGGACCACGGUGGAGGUCAAACCUGAUCCUAGGAAAAAUAACCUGGUGGAGAUAAUUCUGGAUGUGAAUGUGAGCCAGCUGACGGAGCGGCAGAAGGGGAUGUUCAUCCGGCAGAUUGGGGUGCUGCUGGGGGUCCUGGACUCAGACAUCACCGUGCAAAAGAUCCAGCCAUACACUGAACAAAGCACGAAGAUGGUGUUCUUUGUGCAGAACCAGCCUCCCCAUCAGAUAUUCAAAGGACGAGAGGUGGCCUGGACGCUGAAGAAUGAGCUGAGGAAACAACAGUCAGACUUCCUCAUCUUCCGGGCCCUGGAGAUUAACACAGUCACCUGUCAGCUGAACUGCUCUGAGCACGGGCGCUGUGACUCCUUCACCAAGCGCUGCGUGUGUGACCCGUUCUGGAUGGAGAACUUCCUCAGGGUGCAGAUGGGGGACGGCGAGAGCAACUGCGAGUGGAGUGUGCUGUAUGUGAUCAUUGCAUCUUUUGUCAUCGUGGUUGCCUUUGGGAUCUUGUCGUGGAUGGUGAUCUGCUGCUGCAAGAGACGGAAAGGAAAAUCCAAAAGAAAAAGCAAAUACAAGAUUUUGGAUGCAACGGAUCAAGAAAGCCUGGAGUUAAAACCAAAUCCCAAAGCAGGUGGCAGACAGAAAGCCCAAGUCCUCAACACGAGCCUGAUGCACUCAGAGUCCGAGCUGGACAGUGAUGAAGCCAUCUUCACGUGGCCCGACCGGGAAAAAGGGAAACUGCUCCGCAGCCAGAACGGCUCCUUGCGCAACGGACAGCUGACCCUCAAAGCCAAGAACCAGAGGGAGGAAAUCCUAUAGCUCCCCUUGGGCAGCCUUGGCUGGAGCUCAGCAGGGAAGGCCAAUCCUGUCCCUGUCCUACCAGGGCCCUUGGAGGCCACUUUGAUUAGGACAACGCUGCUAACUCGUUUCACAGAAAAUAACUUUGGUUUUGUGGGUUUCUUUUCAUUCAGUUAAAACUGGUUGUACUUGAAUUUGAACUUCAAGGGAAAUCAAAGGGAGGAGAAGGCAACUGUGAACCCCAGGAGAAGAGUCGGAAAAGGAUGGAGCUGGCAUCUGGAGAGGGCAGGACAGAACCACUUGGAGCAACUGUGAAUGUGCAGGACCUUCCUAAGCCACCUCAGACUGCCGUGGAGGGAGCACCUGUGGACUUCCAGCUCACUUGCCUUGAGAAGGAAAGUCAAGUCCUUGAGCUUUGCUCUGAGCUCCCUUCAGGCUCCCAUAGCCUAUCACAGGCUACUUGUGCUGUCCAACAGCUUUCUUCUCCUUUACUCCCACCUUCCCUAAUGGUUUGAGCACUAUUUUAAUGUAGACUUGUCCUUUCACAUGCACUUGGCUGCUGUUGGGUUGUAGAGGAGGGGGAAUGUAAACAUUCUGGCAGUUUGCAGGUAGGAGAGGGGUUUGUGGCUGUUCCAAAUCACUGCUGCUCUCAUGGGCAGUGCUGGGACUUGGUGCCUGUUCAUGUGUGAAAAGCUGCCCUGUGGUUACUGCCCAGGCUGGGAGACCCCCUCCUGCAGCAAAGUCCUGCUUGGUACCAGAGCUGGGGGGACACACACCCACCUUUGGUACCUGUGUCCAACGUCUGGCUUCAUUCCAAAGCUGUGACAUGUUCUGUGGCCCCAGCACCUUCUGUUGGUCACCAGGCCGUCCAUGAGGCUGGACGUUAUCCAUAUCUCAGUUAUGGAACACUAUGUACUGUGGUUUUUUGGUUUGGGUUUUUUUUCCCCUUAAAAUUUGCACAUCCCAGGUAAUGGGGAUUGGUCUCUGCAGUCCCCAGCUGGCUGCUCCCUCAGGCUGGCAGCUCACUGGCCUUGUGCUGUUGUGGCUGCAGAGCCCUGUGUGCUCCUGUCACAGCGUCAAGAGCACACGUGGUGUCCUUUUGUGGUGGAAAAGGGAACUCUGGGUACCCAGGGGUGGUGGGCAGUGCCAGCAGCACGUGGCACAGCAUGCCACUGUCCCUUCUGCCUGAGCCCAAGGGCAGACAGGGGGUCCUUUCCCAUUCCCACUCCCUUAUCUCACUGUGCUGCUGUCGUGAGUUGCACCCUGUCCUCGGGCAGAGCUCAGCCUCGUGCUGGCAUGAAGGAUGCCACUGCUUCUCUGGGGAUGGGUGGGCAGUUCAUUGCCUUUCUUUGUGUUUAAUUUAAAAACUGGAAACUGGUUUCAUUGGCUUUUUUUUUUUCUUCUUAUUGAGCUAUGAAAGCCAAAAGGCUUUAAGUUCCUCAGUUGUAUUUAUAUUGCUGCACUACUGAUUUGUGUUGAGCUAGAUGAAGAUUAAACACUAUUGAACGUGAGGGGGUGUUCCCUCACUGAAUGUA